AUCUACCUUGGUGUCAUCCUGUUAGUCGCAUUUAUACUCGCCAACGGUGCUUAGUGUUGGCGACUGUGUUUGGCUAGCUUGGACAACAACAACAGCCUUAUUUUCAGUCUAAAGGAUAGGCUAACUCCCUAGCAUUCAUUCAGCUCUUCUCUCUUGACAGCAGAUUGUCCAGGACUGCUAUAUGAAGAUCAGACUCGCCUGAGGACAACAGGGAUGGCUCUGGAGCAGUUCAGUGAUGUGAUCCAGAGAUGUCAAGCACUCCCAGAGGAAAGCUACAGCAGUGAGGAUCACAGCGUCUUCUCGAUUGCUGGGAGGUCCUGCAUAGAGGAGGGAAACAGCGUGCAGGUCCUCAGUAUUGUCCUGGAUGAAAAGAAUCAGGACAUAGUGAGAUGUAUGGGUUGGAACCUGCUGCCUCCUCUGAUUCAGAUUUUGCUCAAGAAAGAAGACAAGAACCGUCCUCAUUGCCUGGCCAUUUUCAACCACCUGCUAGAGACCUGCAGACCCAAAGAGCUGCUGAUUGGCCUGUUGGAGCAGCUGGAGCAGGAUGACCCUGACACCAUAGCAGAGAGCCUUCAUCUACUGUUGAACCCUCUACAGAAAGUGCUGCUGUGUCUGGGCAGCCGUAAAGCCUCAUCCUUGGGCAUGACCCUGUCCUCCGUGCUGGACCAGGUGGCCAAACUGCCUCUACCUCACACCAAGGAGCAAGAGGAGGAUGACGUCUUCUCGCUCUGUCGCUGCUGCACUGACCUGCUAGUCUGUGUCAGGCCUUUUGUGCAAGAGGCCAGGCAAAACCUCCUGAACAACAGAGAGCUGAGUGAGAACACAGACGGGAGGACAGGUGGACAAGACAGGGAGAAAGAGGAUGAGCUGCGGACAGAACUGCUGAAGUUCUGUAUGAAGACUCUGAGACACCCUCUGUUGGAGGUACAACUUCAGGAUCCCGACACUCUGCCUCUGUCUCCCCUCAGGAAUUUUGCCACAGAGAUUCUGCACACCCUCAGUGCUAUUGGAGAGCCCCUCCCCAGGCUCGUGUACCAGCCUCUGCUGAAGAAAAAACAGGUCUCAGGCUUUCUGGAGGAAGAGGUGCGCUAUCCUAAAGAGUCUUUGGCCAGCCUGGCUCACCUGGUGUUCGUCCAUCACCUGGCUGCAGAUACAUUCCCUAAUGUUUUUAGUCCUGUGUUUUGUCUUCGCUGUAACAUGGAACACAUCUGCCUCCUUCUGUCCAGAACUGAGCAGAGCAAGAUUCAGAAAGCACUGGAGCUGUAUGAGAAGAGUCUGAUGCGGGUGGAGGAUGGCAGUCUGCCUGCAGAUCUGAUGGAAAUUAAAACCUUCCUUACAGUCCCUCAAAGCUUGGUGAAGGUCAUGACGAUAUGUCCGAGACACGAUUUAAGAACCAGAGGAUUGAAGGUGUUCCAGAUGAGCAUUGAUAAGUUUAACACUGAAGCCAAGUAUCAUUUCUUCCAGUACAUGUUGAAGACCAGUAAUCAUUCAGGAAUCGAGGGCUACAUCAUCAAAAACAUCAAGAAUCAGAUAGAUGUCGCUCUGCAGCCGAGUCACAGUAACACUUGGUUUGAGGGAGUUCACCUGCUCCCUCUGCUGCAUAAAGCCCUCAGUCUGCCAGACGGCCCAGAGACCGACCUCCUGCAGUAUCUGGACAGAGUGAUGGAGUCUCUGAACCUGCUGCGUUACCUGGUCAUCAGAGACAAAGUGACAGAGAACCAGACAGGGAUCUGGACAGAGCUGUAUAAAAUAGAAGAUACGUUCAUGAAGCCUCUACGUGUUGGACUCAACAUGUCCAGAGCUCACUAUGAGAGGGAGCUCCACAACACCAAGGAAACAAAGAGCAAGGCCAAAGAGGAGUCAGGGCUUUCUGUGACUGUCGGUGAUGAGAAGCUGCCCAACAUGACAUCAGAGUCACAGAUUCAGGCUCUGCAUUCAGCCCUGCACACAUUCGACAUGAUCGAGAGCGUGUUGGUGCGGAUCGAGGAACUCACUGAAGUCAAGGAAAACAUUUAGACCAAGUUCAACCACCAGGUGUUCUCACAUCUUAGGGUGUAGCAAACCAAAAAAAGCCUUCAGCGGUUCUGCUGAUCUGUUUUGUUUCCAACUACAUCAGAUGAGGAUGCAUCAUUUCAAAGUUUAUCAACUGCUGUGUUAAUUUUCUUCAUAUGUCACAGGUUUGAAGUUACUUUCAGAAAGUCUGUUUAGAGUUGAGUGUCAUUGUAAAAUGUUGCAUACAAUGUCUAUAAAACAUCUAAAUAAUGGCAGGGAAGUUUGCGUUGCUUCUGUAAUAAAUUUUCAAACUUUUCUACACAGUUAAAUGCUGUACUGUUUGUUCAAGCAUUAUUUUCUUAGGUAAAAAUGUGUUUUGGUAUAUUCUGGAUAUGUCUAUGACUUGGAAUGUUUAUGAAGAAGGUAUUAAGUUCAAGCCUAAGUAAUAACGACAGUACAAUUUUACUAAUUAUUUUGCCUAUAUCUUAAAACAACUCCUACAUUUGAAUUUAUAAUUAUUUGUAUAAUUCCAAGUAAUUUUAGUGUGAAUUACAGUGCUUUGCAUACAGUAAACUGCAGCCUGUUUUUUUUUCUUCUUUAUUACAAAAUCCUAAGUAGAGUGAAGCAGACUGUACAGUUUUAGUGGUAUAAAUAUUCACAGCUAAAACGGCAUCCUUCACAAUAUACAGAUGGAAUUCAUAUGCACUCAGUACACAGCAUUAAUAAGGGGGGUUACUGCAGUGGUAACAAUAGUAAACACUGACAAUUCCCUAUUUACAAGACAAGAUUCAGACUAAGGAAAAUAAAAUGUCUGUCUCUAUUUAAGACUGUUCACCCACUGACAACAGUCAACAUAAAGUCAACACCUCAAUUCAAUUCCCCUUCUCACAAUAUUCUCAUUUACACCAUAGCUGCCAUAAAAAUCACCAACUCUUAACUGCAGGUCCCUGAACCAUCACAU